ACAGGCUCCUGGGAAUUGCAGCCAAGCGCUAGGUAGGAGGAGAGCAGUUCCUGGAAGAUGCGUCCAGUUGCUAUAGGUAUUUUCAAGGCACUAGUGUUUAUUUUCUCCUCCCUGUGCGCCUGGUAUUCUGGGUACUUGCUUGCGGAGCUCAUUCCUGAGGUACCCCUGUCCAACACCCUCUACAGUAUCCGGAGCAUUGGAGAGAGACCUGUCCUCAAAGCCCCAGCCCCCAAAAGGCAAAAAUGUGACCACUGGGCCCCAUGUCCUCCUGACACCUAUGCCUACCGACUGCUCAGUGGUGGUGGCCGAGACAAGUUUGCCAAGAUCUGCUUUGAGGAUGAGCUGCUGUUAGGAGAGAAGACGGGGAACGUGGCCAGAGGGAUAAAUAUUGCUGUCGUCAACUAUGAGACUGGGAAGGUGAUAGCAACAAAGUUCUUUGACAUGUAUGAAGGAGAUAACUCUGAGCCAAUGGCCAAGUUCAUUCAGAGUGCCCCUUUGAAGUCCCUGCUGUUCAUGGUGACCCAUGAUGAUGGGAGCUCCCGAUUGAAGGCCCAAGCAAAGGAUGUUAUAGAAGCUCUUGGAAGCAAAGAAAUCAAGAACAUGAAAUUCAGGUCAAGCUGGGUGUUUGUUGCAGCAAAGGGUUUUGAGCUCCCUUCAGAUAUCGAGAGAGAAAAAAUCAACCACUCGGAUCAAUCCAAGAACAGAUACUCGGGCUGGCCAGCAGAGAUCCAGAUUGAAGGAUGCAUACCCAAAGGGCUGGGAUAGCAGUGCU